AUUCAUUCACCCUGCAUUCGCCGAUGGCCGUGUUUGAUACCUGACGUAGUCCCAUCCCAAAGUGAUCAGUGUCAGUGAUUUUUAAUCCAGUUCCAUUAUCACAGAACUUUUUCGCAGUUAUACCUGUGGUAAUACUUUAAAAUUUGUGUACAUCAGUGCAAUUAUACUCAAAAACAAUCACUUAAUAAUCUUACAAUGAUUUUCUUUUGUUCGUAUAACAUGUUUUAAUUUUUUGAAAUUUGUGGAGUUCAUAAUUCGCUGUAAACAGUGUCUUAAACGAUUAAUGUUGUGCUGAUUUCAUCUAUCAGUAUUUGAUAAAAGUAAAUCUACUUCAACAAAAUGAGUGAAGAAAAGAUUAAUGGACAUAAAAUCGAUACAGAAUGUUUAAUCGACGACGAUGGCGACGAUCAACUUAUCUCUCAAGCAUAUGAUCAGCUUAUUUCGCAAGCAUUUGUAGAAGAUAAUGAAACUGAUACUUCAGUUUUAACCCAUAAUGAAGACUCUGCCAGCCAUUUAAUCACGCUUGAUGAUUUGCUUGGGCGUUGUUCUACUUCUGCAAAAACAUUAGAAGAACUUGCUUUGGACGCUUUAGGCGAAGCUGAUAGGAAAAAAAAUUACGAUAAUGAUCUGAACGAUUCUUCUACGAUUGCUACAAUUAUUUUAAUGGACAUUUUUGAUGAGGCAUGCAAAAGAGCAAAACAAGUUAAACGCUGGAGAAAAGCUAAUCUUUCUUUAUGGAAAGUUAAUGUCGCGAAGAAAAGACGCGCAGAAGGCUCGGUUUAUCUCAUAAAAACAAAAUAAGACCUGCAAAAAGACCAAAAGCAAUAGACUGCUCGAAGUGCACGUUCGAAUGCUCAGAUAAAAUCAACGAAGAGGCUAGAAUAUUCAUAUGCAGAAGGUUUUGGAGCUUAGACUACGUUGGACAGAAAAAUUUCCUACUAGCUAACAUGGAAGUCAAAACUAAAAGAAAACGAACUACUAAAAGAGCUUACUCCACGCAAUGCUUUUUUAAAAUAGAAGAUAAAAUUAAUGUCUGUCAAAAGUUUUUCUGCAAAACUCUUUGCAUUUCCCAAAGUGUGAUACAUAAUGCUAUCAAGAAUAGGGAUCUCAUCGGCCACUUUAAACAAGACAACGAUCCUCGUAGACGUCGUGCGCCAACUAAUAAAACACCCUCUGAAAAAGUAGAAGAAGUUCGUAAUCACAUUAGGUCGUUUCCAUCAAUGGAAAGUCAUUACAUAAGGAAAGAUUCCAAGCGCAUGUACUUAGAUUGUAAACUGUCCAUCGGUAAGAUGUACUCUCUUUAUGUUGAAGAGUGUGAAAAACGUAAUAGCAAACCUGUGUCUGAGAUAACAUAUCGACGAAUUUUCGGAAACGAUUUCAACUUAGGAUUCUUUAAACCAAAAAAAGACCAAUGUCUGAUAUGCACUAAGUAUGCUCGUGGAGAUGCAAAUAGUAAUCCAAAUCUGGAAGUGGAAUAUCGAGAGCACAUGGCUAGAAAAGAAGCUUGUAACAAUGAAAAAGCUAAAGAUAAAGAAAGAGCUAAUAUGCUAAGAAAGUUUGUGUCAGUAUCAUUCGAUUUACAAGCAAUUCUGCAGAUUCCUAGUGGUGACAUUGGUCUUUUAUAUUAUACAAGAAAAUUGACAGUGUAUAAUUUAACAAUUUAUGAAAGUGCUUUACCUAACAAUGCUCAUUGCUUCACAUGGUCCGAAAUUAAUGGAAAAAAGGGAAGUUGUGAGAUAGGGACGAUCUUGUACAACUAUUUAUCGGAAUGCAUACCGAAUUAUGUAACUGAAGUGAGCAUGUUCUCGGACACGUGUGGCGGACAAAAUCGCAAUAAAAACGUGGCAGCAAUUUUACUAUGGGCAGUACAAAAAAUACCAAAUUUAAAUAUUAUUGAACAAAAGUUCUUAGAAAGCGGACAUUCGUAUAUGGAGGCAGAUUCGAUGCAUAGCAGCACCGAAGCGUCACAGAAAAAUACAGCAAUCUAUUCUAUGUUGGAUUGGAUUAACGUAUUCAAAAGAGCGAGGUCUAAAAACAAAUAUAAAAAAGACAACAAAAAAGUUGUGAAGGAACCAUACAAAGUCAAAGAAUUGAAAUAUUUUGAAUUCAAAGAUUUGAAAGCAUUAUCGGACCAAAUUCUGAAAAAUACAACCAGAGAUACAGACGGAAAAGUAGUAAAAUGGUUAAAGAUAAAGCGAUUGAGGUACAUUAAAGGAGAGGCGAAGAUAUUUUAUAACUACAACAUGUCUGAGUCUUUUUCAACCAUUGACGUUUGUAAAAAAUUUGGACAGAAAGAAAAUACGGGUUGGGCAAAUUUAGAUCCGGAAACACAAAGAGAGCAUAGUUAUGGUACAAGAACGAAAAAGAUAAAGACUCUCGAUAAUAAUUUGUCCGUAACACCUGAAACCAGUGCAACAAAAUAUUUUCCUGACGAACUUCUGCAGCUUUACAAAACUCCUUUAAGCAUCAGUGCUGCCAAAAAAAAAAAAAGACUUGUUACAACUAUGUGACAAAGGAGUUAUUCCAGAAGAGUUGCAUGCUUGGUUUCAAGGGUUGAAUAGCAAUGUUGCAUGUAAAGACAUGCUACCUGAUUGCACUGUAUCGGACGAAGAUCCUGCAACAUCUGAUGAGGAUUAAACUAUUUUUUUAUUUUUUGUGUUGAUUAAUUUUUUCAGCAUUAAAACUUCAUUUUUAU